AUGGAGAGUACCGCACAGCCAUCCGCCGAUGCGGAUGAAAAUAUGCGCCUGGCGGUGGAACGAUUCCGCACCAAGAUGGAGGCCUCCAAUCGGCAAUUUCUUCAGGACCGAAUCGACGAGAUUGAAGCUAUGAAUCUCUCCACAGAAGAGGAGAAACUGAAGGAGAUGCGCGUCUACUGGCCUGGUCUGACAGUCAACAGCAAGGAUCUUUGGAUGUCAACCGCUCGACCAGAAGCUGUCCGUCAGGCUCUUGAGGAGGAAAAUGUCACCCGAUUAGCUGAUGUCAAAACGCUAUACCAUCAGCAUAUGGAUGGAGCCAGCCCGCCAAACUUGUUGACAGAUGAGUGGCGCCAGAUGUUUUUGGACACCGUUCAAACUGUGUGUAAUGAGGUGGCCUUUCGAGAUGAAGAGGACAACGAUUUCGAAGUCCCGCCCUGCCAUGAUCUGGGUCUCUUUCUCAAGUACGCUAGUACGGUCGAGGACCCCGACUUUCGCUACGCAGGCAUGGCCCCUUUUGAACCACCUGGAGCUUAUUCUAAGGAGACGUCUGAUAUCUCCAAGGACCGAGAAGAUCUGAUAAGAGAUCUGCAUCACUAUUAUCUUUGCGAAGAAGCCUUCCUGGAAGCCUAUAUGCACGAUGACUUGGAAGUGCGAGUCGGCUUCCGAACCGGGAUUGGUGUCAAGUAUAAAAUGGGCGGGCAUGAUACAUGGUACAGCAUGUAUCUCUACUGUCGACGGCACGUGGAAGACUCUGAUCAGAGCCACAAGGACUGGGCGUGGCGAGUGGUCGUUUCUCAUGCCACAAUUGUAGAUAACCCCAUGACGGUUUACGGGCAGAAGCCAAGAUUCGACUCUAUCAUCGAGUUUCUGGACUGGUACAGUAGCUGGCUGGAACAUUUAGACAUGGAUCAGGUUCGGGAGGAUAUCGCUCUAAAUUGUGGUGGGGAAUGGUGA